AUGGCGGCGGCUCGGGGGCAGAAGGAGCUGGGGGCUCUGCCACAGCUAGUGAAGUCGCUGCGGAGUGAUCCUGUCUCUGCCUUCCGUCUCUCAGGAGGACCUUCUCGCUGUACGACCAGAUCAACCUCAUCGACAGCGUCCCCGAAGACGAGCUCCGAUUCCAGUCAAGCCAUAUGCUAUGGCCGCCCUUCCUCCUGCACUUGUGUGGCAGCUGUGGCCUUGCUAGCAGCGGUUACAUCCCUCCCGGGGCCCAUCGAAUCAGGAGCCCUCUUACUGUAUGAUGACACUGGAUUCAAAAUUAACAAUGUAAAAUAUGAAGGCAGCUUAUUGAUUGUAGAGAACAAGAUAAUGACAUGGGCACCCAAAACGUUCUCAGAGAUAACUGCUGAAAGCUUAUCAAUCUUCAAAGUUGUGCACCCUAUCCCAGAGAUCUUGAUUCUUGGUUGUGGAAGACAUAUCCAGCUGGUCAGUCCUGAGCUGCGAAAGUUCAUUCGGUCAACUGGAAUGAAACUAGAAGCUGUCGAUUCAAGGAAUGCGGCUUCAACAUAUAAUAUCCUGAACGAGGAGGGCAGGCCGGUGGCAGCUGCAGUUCUUCCCUAUGGAGUCACUUGUUAA